UUUCUGCCUGUUUGGACAGAUCAACAACACAUUAUGUCGGGAUGGAUGCAGCUACUCUCACGUACGACACACUUGGCUUUGGAGAGUUUGAAGAUUUUCCAGAGACCUCAGAGCCAGUGUGGAUCUUGGGGAAAGAAUUCAACGCACUCACAGAAAAGGAAGACAUUCUUGCAGAUGUCACUUCACGACUAUGGUUCACCUACAGAAAAAACUUCCCGCCCAUUGGAGGGACAGGGCCUACGUCCGACACAGGCUGGGGCUGCAUGCUGCGAUGUGGACAGAUGAUCCUAGGCGAGGCCCUGGUCUGCAGGCAUCUAGGCCGAGACUGGAGAUGGGUGAGAGGCCAGCCUCAGAGAGGACAGUACAUCAGUAUCCUCAACGCCUUCCUUGACAAGAAAGACAGCUACUAUUCUUUACAUCAAAUUGCCCAGAUGGGAGUCGGGGAGGGGAAGGCUAUAGGCCAGUGGUACGGACCCAACACAGUGGCACAGGUACUGAAGAAACUAACUGUGUUUGACUCGUGGAGUUGUCUGGCGGUACAUGUUGCUAUGGACAACACCGUGGUGAUGGAGGAGAUCAAGCGGUUGUGUAUGCCCUGGCUGGACUAUGGUGGAGCAGCGUGUGCAGAGCCCCUGGGGUGGAUGCCAAAGCAUAACGGCUGCCCGGAGGGGGCCUGUGCCCUGGCUGAGGAGGAGACGGCUCUCUGGAAGCCCCUGGUCCUUCUCAUCCCUCUCAGGCUGGGCCUGAGCGACAUCAACAAGGCCUACAUCGAGACCCUGAAGCAAUGCUUUCAGCUGCCCCAGUCCCUGGGUGUCAUCGGAGGGAAACCCAACAGUGCCCAUUACUUCAUAGGCUAUGUUGGAGAGGAGUUGAUCUACCUGGACCCCCACACCACCCAGCCUGCAGUAGAGCCCUGUGAGGACAGCCAGGUCCCCGACGACACUUACCACUGUCAGCAUCCGCCGUGCCGCAUGCACAUCUGUGAAAUAGACCCCUCCGUCGCAGUGGGUUUCUUCUGCCGAACGGAGGACGACUUCGAUGACUGGUGCAUGCGUAUCCGAAAGUUGUCCCACACUAGAGGAAGCCUGCCCAUGUUUGAGCUGGUAGACUGCCAACCAUCUCACUUCGCCUGCUCUGUAGACGUGCUCAACCUCACUCCGGGUGAGGCUGGGAUUCAGUCAGAGGUGCGUUGUGGACAAGCGCAUUGCACUACCGACAAAGCGCCUUUUAAAGGCAAUUUCCCUGAUGUUCGCGGAGAUCGCGUUCACGAUUUCUCAGACCGGUCGGAGCGCUUCUUUGAUUCUGAGGAUGAAGAGUUUGAGAUCCUGUCCCUGUGAUGAACAGGAGGAAUACAGUUACUAUCUGUCCUGGCAGAAACGCCCGACGAUUCUUCUCUGUAUCAGAAGGGAAGCCAAUAGGGGACAGGAGAUGACCGGUGACAUCACUAGCCCAGUCUGGCACCGAUGGUGUAGUGAUGUGUCAAACAGUUGUCUUCUGGUCAGUCACCUGGUGCUCUCCGUGUCCAAUGAGGAGACUCCUUGCUGCGAGGUGGUACCAGGUAGUGCUCUCCGUGUCCAAUGAGGAGACUCCUUGCUGCGAGGUGUUACCAGGUAGCAGGAGCUCUCGGGAAACAUUCAGUGCUACGUGCAUCUUCACAUUGGUUCUCCAUUUUAAGUCUGAACACAUAAUAUAUUUCCUUUAAGCCAGGGGUGAUAAACUCAUUGCGUGGAGGGCUGAGUGUCUGCAGCUUUUUUCCCCCAUAUUCAAUUAAGACCUAGACAAAUAGGUGACGGGAGUUCCUUACCUAAAUUAGUGACCUUUUUUAAUUCAUCAAAUCAAUUACAAGGGUGAUGUGGAAAAAAUAAAAAACAGACACUCGGCCGUCCGUGGAAUGAGUUUAACAUGUGUGCUUUAAUAUGGUGCCUUUCUCCCCCCUCUCCCCUAAACUGAAUUACCAUAACACACAACGAUGUCUUUAGGAACUUGGUUGACUCUCUGUCCACGUGUAUUGACUGAUGUAAAUUGUAAAUCAAAAUGUGGUUGAGUGAAAUUUUGCAGACAAAGUAGAUUUGCUUGUAUUAUAAUUUGUUUUCUUGAGAGUACCAUUUUAUAUCUUAAAAACAAUCUCUGUACUAAA